AUGCCUUCUACGACGGCGGCGACGUCUUCCACCGACCGCGAAGUGACCGACCCCAUCACCCACCUCCCCGUGAAGAUUCACGAUUACACCGAGGUCGACCUUGAACAAAUCCCACCACCAAAUGUACAGGACGACGAACCACUACCCGACCACCCUACGAAUCGCAAGGAUGAACAGCGAAAGGUGCAGGCAAACAACAAAAGACACGCCUCCCUCGACGAUGCUCUGCUGAGCGAAACGCGCAUAGGCAAAUGGGUCGACCCCCGCGACACGAAGAGCAGGAUGGCCGUUCAUACGGCUUUGGUAGCAGGCGUCGCCGCAUUCUUCGCCUCACUUUUCUCUGUUAUUCUCUCCAAUCUCUAUCACGGACGAAUGGCUGCACCUGCGCGGAUGUCUUGGUUAGCGAGCGCGUUAGCAUCGACGCUGAGUCUCUCGCUGCAGAUACUGGGUUGCGCUGUGGUGGCUGCCGUCGUAGUCGUGGUGUACGUCUACGCCAUCGCUCGCAUGCCCGAAGAGCUGCCUGUCGUUGAGUCGACUAAUGUCUCUCAUCCGCGGGAGAAAGAGUCUGCACCUCCAGCUACUGACCUUGAUCAAACGACUUGGCUGAACGCCUUUCUCGUAUCCCUGUGGCCUAUCAUCAACCCGACCCUGUUCACCCCCCUAGCCGACAUUCUCGAGGAUUCGCUCCAAGCCUCGCUACCCGCGUUCGUCAAAGCCGUCAAGAUAGCUGACAUAGGACAAGGUAUCGAGCCUGUUCGCAUCAGGCAGGUCCAGUGGCUCGAUGCCACACGGAAGAAGAACAAGACCAACAAAGGGGACGCAGAAGACGAGGAGGAAGCGGGGGAGUAUGUUUGUCUUGAGCUAGGACUCGUGUAUCGUUCGACCCUCCCCUCGAAAGGUCAAACAGCAUCUAUUGAGACGCGGUCGUCUAAUCCCCAUAUGGUACUUCAUAUAUGGACAGUAGCAGGCAUCCAAAUUCCCUUCUACAUCUCGCUCAAUUCCCUCCUGUGUACUCUUCGCUUGCGCGUCGCCCUCACGCCGAACCCCCCUUUCACCUCUCUCGCGACGAUCACUCUCCUCGGUGCACCGCACGUCUCAUUCUCCCUUACCCCGCUCAGCAGGCAUCUCCCCAACGUGAUGGACGUCCCUAUGCUUAGCGGCUGGGUUAAGCAGUCCAUUAACGCUGCGAUGGAGAUGUACGUCGCUCCUCGUAGUAUAAGUCUAGACCUUGGGUUGAUGCUUGCCGGUGGUGAACGCGUGGAUACGGAGGGCGUCGGUGUCGUUGUUGUGCGAGUCAUAUCUGCAAGCAAGUUCAGAGCCGGGGAUCGGAUGAACGCGUGGAAGAACGUCGUGCCAGGGCUUCAUGCAUCAGCGCGCGAACGUCAAGGCGACUCGUAUGUUACGGUGGGUUGGGGGAAGUGGGGCAAACCAUUGGGGAGCACUAGGAUUGUCGAUGACGAAGAGGUGCCCGUCUGGGAUGAAUAUACUUUCCUCGUGGUCAGCCCAGCAGAGCUGAACUCCCAUGAAGUACUCCAACUCCAACUAUGGGAUGCUGAUAGGUUGACGGCGGACGACAAUCUCGGCAACGUUGCCGUCGAUCUUCGGGAGCUCAUGACUAGUGAAGACACCCUGAAGCGCAUGGCUAGGCGAGAAGAUGGCUUUACGGAUAUCGACGGCUCGACUGACUGUCCGGGGACGAUGAUAUGGGAGGUUGGAUAUUUCCCGAAAGUGGCAUUGGCGACAUGGUUGUUCGAUAUGCAUAGAUCUGGGCGAGAACAUUGGCAGGCGCCUGCAAAGGCGGAAGACAGCGACGAAGAAGAUCCUGCAUACGCCGCUGAACGUGAUAUCGAGGGAAUGGAUGAGCGCUGCACGAAUAGAAGUGGGCACACUAACACGGCGAAUACGUACUCCCUUUCGGACGACGAAGACGUGCAGAGCUACGUCAAGCACGAACUAGAGGGAAAGGAGAAAGACUUUGGUGAACAAGCUGCCGAGAUCAUUGGAGGGACGCCGCCGCCUGACCGGUGGUCGAGCGGCAUCUUAGCCGUAAGGAUUGAGCAGAUAGAUGGCUUGGAAGUAGAGAAGAUACGCGCGAGCGGCUCGGACGCCAUUACGACGGAGGGCGAAGAAGAAGGCGAAAAGGAUGGAGGGGAAAUGCCGAGCGCGUACUGUGUGGUUGUUCUCAAUCACGAGAAGGUAUUCAAGACACGGACGAAGAUGGUCACAGGAAAGCCGUAUUUUGACGCAGGCUUCGAGCGGUUUAUUCGAGACUGGCGAUCCACCAGCGUCAUCAUCUCUGUAAGGGAUAGCCGGCUGCAUGAAGUCAACCCUCUACUAGGUGUCGUCGACUUGCCUCUGACGAGGCUUCUGAAACAUCGUUCCCACAUAACGGAUUCAUUCCCACUUACCGGCGGCAUCGGCUACGGCAGGGUCAAGUUGUCGGUGACUUUCCGCGCCGUGGAGAUGACUUUGACGAAGGAGUUGCAGGGGUGGGACACAGGCACGCUGGAGGUGAUGCCUGGCGUUACCAUGAUUCGCACCGGGCAAGUUGACGACAGCGAUAUGGUCGAGCUACUGAAGAAGUGCAGGAUAUCGGUGCACACCACAUACUCUAAACAGAGACUGGUUUUGACGGCUGAUGAAGAUGUGGAGGCCGCUUGGAAGGCAAAGAGGGCCAGGAGUGUCAAGUUGGCUGUUAGACGCAGAUAUGCAAGUUGCGUCGUUUUCGAAUUCAAGAAGCACGCACUAGGGCCCGACUUGAAGCCUGCGUUCUGUGUGUUCUGGCUGAAAGACAUUCCCGAUGAUGAAGAACUCGAAAUGACCUCACCUGUUCGACACAACGAGGACGACGCGAUGAACCGGGCACAGAGGACUGCCGCAGAUGAUAUCAGCGGUAUCGUUGAGGGUGUAGAGUUGAGGGUGAAACUUCGGUUUUGGCGUGGGUUGAGCGGGUACCAUAAGAAGAUCGCGAAGAAAGACCGAGACGUCGCUAAUGUGAUGGACGUCCUGGAUUGCGCCGAGGAGAGCCAUGGGCGAGGACGAGAUGGUUUGCUAGGGGAACUCUCGGAUACGAGUUCCUCGUCCUCUUCGUCCUCGUCCGACAGUGAUGAGGAAGCAGGGUCGCAUGGUGUAGGGGGCGUGGUCACACAAAUCAAGGAGGUGAAGCGGAGGAAAGGGAAGUUGCAUCGCCGGCACCGAGGGCUGAUGCAAUGGAGUGGGAUGAGGAAAAUGAAAUGGGCGGUCAAACAAACGGAGGAGAAUGUUGGUAAGGUCCGCGACAAGGUAGCAGACAAGGUUACGGGGAAGAGACAUGCACGCAAGGACAUGGGGAUGGAAAGGGAAGUAUAG